CAGAUACUCGCACAAUGAAGACUAGCAUCUUGACCUCCAUCCUUACCGCCGGUUUUUUCCUCCUCAUCUCCCCAGCUCUCGCCCUUGUCGACAGCAUUUCCGCACCCACAACCGUUCUCCACCCAGGUCAUAAAUUCACCGUAACAUUCCAUACAUCCCUCUACAUCCAAAACAACCUCCAAUUCUACGCUCUCUUCGGGAUAUGGCCUGGAUCCGGCUUGGGUGAAUCAUCUUUGGGAAUUCCUGUUCCAGCAGUUGCCCCCGUCCCCGGUGCAGAUGGUGGACUAGGAUUGGGUAACUUUCAAGUUGGACCCAGUGGGAAGGGAAAGCUAGGCAUCGAUGUUGGUGGGAUCGAUUUGUGGGAAGCAACCUUAGCGAACACUGGGUCGAAAGCUUACAACGUGACGUUGAGAUUACCUGUGGAUUUGACGACGCCAGGAAAUCAAACGACCAACUAUACACUUCAAACGGGUGUGCUUGGGACGGUGGGAGCAUCCGGACUAACAACACUGACCUUUUACAACACGACAAUCAGGAUCAAGUCUCCCUAA